CUUUGAACGCCUCUUAUGCACCAGCGUGGGAACAGAAUAUUGAUGUGACUCGGGCAAUACUUUCCGACGAUCUCCUUCGCUUACGAUAUGCAGUACCCAACCUCAUGGUGAGUAGCACCCUGCCGCAGCACCGCCUGCUUCUCGAACUGUUCGAUUGUCAUCUGUGGUCCCGGCAGAGGGCGUGGAAGAUCUCCUACCACCCGUUCUGUCAGAGACCCUUCGUUUCAGCUGUUAAACUCAAUUGUGGCCCUCUCUCCUUCAUAUCUCCCUCGUUUGCCAGAUUCUCGCCGUUGACCCUUCAAGUGCGGAGUGUACGUUAUCAACGGCUCGUAGUCGGCUCCGGAGCUGCCACCGUUAACUUAGCGAAACACAUUAUCAAACAAACUCGGCGAUAUGGUUCGUACCAGCAACGCGAGCAGGCUUGUCGCCUUCUCUCUGUGUGCCGCGCUCGCGACGGCGCAAACAUCGACUCAACCAGCGUCUUCCAGUACUUCGGCACCACCCAGCAGCACUACCCCUCUCCCAACUCUGACCGCGGCCGCAAAUGCGUCAACGACCACAGACAUGCCAAUGACAAUAUGGGACAUCGCAAACUCUCUCUUGUCGUCGUACUACCCGUCGACAACUCUCACCCAGAUCGAUACGCUUACAUGGCCUGCGACUGUGGUUGUAGGGUCCUCAACCUACAGUGUCCAACCCGAGAGUACAAGUACACCCACAACAUCGUCAGUAGCAUCCAAGUCUCCUGGGAAUUCAGCGCAGUCAGGCCCGAAGCUCGGUGGCGACGAGAAGAUCGGCGUCGCUGUCGGCGCGGCAGUUGGAGCGGUCGCUGUCGCAGUAUUGGCAGUGGUGCUGUGCUGUAUGUACAGGAGGAGGAAAGCAACGGGAAGCUUCUUUCUGCGAAGGCCGACGCCUUCCGUGACAGGUAGCGAUAUCGAAGCAUGGCGAUCUCCGAUAGACCGACACUCUUCCGUUCGAUCCAAUGGGCCCUCAUCAUUGUGGGCGGAACGCUACGACCGCCUCUCUGACGAACCAUCUGGACAUCUGCAGCCACCGCCUAUGGCGAUGCAUCCGGCCUUCGCACGCCAAUACUCACAGCAGUCGCUGUCUGAGAAGAACCCAUUCUUCACACCCGAAGAACGCUCUCACGAGCAUUUCGAGCUGGACGGUGCAGGUGUCGCCACAAAGCCAAGCCAUGAGCCUAUUGAGCAACACGCUGAACGGGGUGCAAGGCCGCCAACACCCUUCUCGCCCAUGCUCCAAGUGGAUACUACUACAUCCCAUGAGGCCUCGCGGAUCGUCAAUGAGAACCCAUUCGCGAGUGAGGAGGACGAGGAAGCCAACGACUUGGUGUCUCCUAUCGUACCGCCCGCGCGAAGCCCAGAACGAAGAUACUCGCCAAUGGUACACUAUCCAUCAUGGAGCGAGGUAUCGGAGUUCGACUUCAGCGGUGAGGGGCGCCGUUCGACCCGAAACACGUCGAGUAACGAGGACGUUAGUGACGGGUGGCAUCCACGGCGGGAGUCGGUUAUUGGAAGGCAUGAGUUGGACUAGUGAUUGGCACUUCUUGAUUGGGCGUGUCGCUGGCCCUCAUACUUGCCUUGUUCUGAUGAAGACACUACUUGAAGAUGAUGAUGGAAUAAUGCCUGUAUAUACAAUCAGAUACCCUCGUGGCGCCGCAGCAAUUGUUGGUAGCUCAAUGCAA